CCAGUUGCCACUCGCCAGACAGUUUUGGAGUGAACGCGUUUGUGUUCGGUCCGUCCGAGCCCGUUCGGUAAAUGCGCGUUUGUGUGUGUGUGUGUGUGUGUGUCUGUGACGUCGUCGAGAAUAUCUCUUGAUAUAAAAAAAAACGUCGUAGGUAUAUCCCGAAACCGUCGCAAUAGCAAUAAUUACGUUAUAUUUUAAUAAUAAUUCUCGUUCGAGACUCCACCGACGGCAAAAUAAAUGUUACAGCAGUACCUACUACUCUGACAAUAAUAAUAACACAUCAUAACUUGACUCCGCGGUGACUGCUGCAGGUGGAAAACAGACGUAUUACCACAGAAGAAGAGAAGAAGGCGUAUUCGUUGUCGUUUUGUUUUUGUUGUUGUUGUUGUCGUCGUCGUCGUUAUCGUCGCCGCUGCCGCCGAUCCGUAUCGUAACGAUAUCGCCGGUACACCUGUGCGCCGGAAACACCAUUGCACCUUGAUGUGCACCGUCAGCGGCUACAGCUGAUCGUUGAGACACGACCGUCGCCCUCGCACCCGAAGACAUGUCCGGUUUACAGCAGCAACAGGAACAGCACCAACAGGUGAACAUCAAAAUGGAACCGACGGGACCCGGAAGCCCGACGCCGGCCCCGGUCAACAGCAACCUGGUGGUCCGGGUGGACCAGAACUCGGAGACGGACUUGCAGGCGCUGUUCGACACGGUGCUGAAGCCGGACGGCAAGAAGCCGCUGCAGUUGCCGCUGCGCAUGCGCCAGCUGCCCAAGUCGUUCUUCAACCCUCCGUCCACCGGGUCCAAGUCGCCGUCCAUAUCGCACAGUCGCGAGAACUCGGGAGACUCGGCGUUCGGGCCCGCGGCCGCGGGACAGCCGUGCCCGGUGCCGAUGCACUCGCGCGCGCACAGCUCGCCCGCCUCGUUGCAGCAGACGUACGCCGUCGGCGUGGCCAAGCAACAGCAACAGCAGCAGCAACAGCACGCCAAGCAGCGCAGCUACGACGUGUCCAGCGCCAUCGACGAGCUGGGACCGCUGCCGCAGGGAUGGGAACAGGCUCGGACUCCCGAAGGACAGAUUUACUAUUUGAAUCACCUCACCAGAACGACCCAAUGGGAAGAUCCGAGAAAGAGCUUGGCUGCUCAGGCAGCGAACCAACACCAGCGCAGCGCCGAACAAUUACUAAGUCCCGGCAACGACAGUGGAUCUAGCACGAACGCCACCAGCACACCCACGAACUCGCCACCGCACAUCCAUUCGACCCUCCAAGGAACUAACAAAAACGUGACACUGGGACCGCUGCCGGACGGAUGGGAACAAGCUGUCACUGGGGAUGGAGAGACUUAUUUCAUAAACCACAUUGCCAGAACCACAUCGUGGUUCGAUCCGAGAAUACCCGUUCAUUUACAAAGAGCGCCAACGUCGGGCGCCGUGUUGCCUUCCGGUUCAGCGUCGUGGCUGUUGAACGGUGCUUCCGGUUUGUCACAGUCACUCCAAGUCACUCAACAAAAGCUCAGGUUACAUUCACUUCAAUUGGAACGUGAACGUUUAAAGAGUCGCCAACAGGAAAUUAUCCGUCAGCAAGAUCUGAUGUUGCGCCCAGGUCAGACGAACAACGACCUCGACCCGUUCCUAUCGUGCAGCAGCAGUAGUGUAGAUCAUUCGCGGCAAGAAUCGGCUGACAGCGGCUUGGGUCUGGGAAACAACUACUCACUGCCGCAUACUCCCGAAGACUUUUUGUCGUCAAACAUGGACGACAAUAUGGACUGUACUUCAGAGAGCGAUAAUCCGGGUCCUUCAUCCGACAUGUCGGUAGUCGAUUCACAGGAAAUGGCCACGUUGGAUGUCACCGACGACUUAGUCCCGUCGCUUCAAUUAGGGGACGAAUUUGGUAAUGACAUUCUGGACGAAGUAUCAUUGUUGAUCGACCCGAACAAUAAACCAGGAUCGAUUUUGACUUGGCUUUAAAAACACGUCUCGCACAUUAACUGUUUUUAUAAGUUUUUUCUUUUUUUUUUUUUUUUUUUAAUGUCACCCUCAUUAAGAAGGUUAAAAAUUAUAUUAUAUAAAUAUAUAUUUAUUUUGUGUGUGCGCGUACGCGUUCACAAGAUAUGUUUGUCAUAUUAACCUAGUCUAAGAAAUAUGAACGUAUGUAUUGUAUGUGUGUCGAAUGACGUGUUAAAAAUUUUGUAUGACGUUAUAUUAUAUUAUUAUAUUAAUAUAAUGUAGAGUAUAUCACCCCGGCUCGGCGGUGUUAUUGCGCGUGUGUCACGUAACCGAUUAUCGAUUGUUCCGAUUUAGGUGUGUAUUAGAUUAUAAUAAAUAUUAUUGUUAUCAAAGACCAAUGCACGUAAGCACUGGCGAAUCGGAUUAUAAAAUAAAAACAAAACUCCAUAGUAUAGCUUGGAGUUUAAAUUUCGAAACAUAUCGUGGUCGAAAGUAUCGCCGGCUCUAACCCCACGCCAAGGCGUACACGCAAAACAAGCAUUUAAACGAAUUAUUUGGCUAAUCGUGUAGGUAUUAUGUAAUAGUAGUGGACAGCUCAUUUAUAUCGACGGAAACUUCAAUAGAUUUGCCGUUUUAUUUUUUUAUUUUCGUUCACUGCCAAAAUGAAAAGGGUUAAAUUUUACAGGGUAUUAUGACAAUUUUUUUAUUUCAAACAUAUAUUAAACAUAAUAUUAUGUAAGGUGAUUAUUUUUAAUACAUAUUUUUCAAUUUCUCUAUAAAAAUAGGUACAACAAGACUUUUACAAGUACUAUAUUCGCACUUGUCUCUAAAACGUCCGAACUUAUUCAUACAUUUUCAAUGUCCAUAGACUUUUAUAACUUGCAAAUGACAACAAAUUAAUGUAGGUAUACCAUAUAGAUACAUACGACAUAAUUUUUAACGAAUUUACAUAAUUAAAAUUGUCGUUAUCGUCUACCUAUAUCAAAUGUGAAUAGAUAUAUAAAUUAAUUUUUUUCUGACCAAUAUAUUGAAAGAUUUGCAUUGAAAGUAAUUAUCCUGCGUGUACGCGUACUAUAUAAUAUUAUGUAGGUAAAUAUAUUUUUUUAAUUUAAAUAAGUAUGACAAAUUGUGUGUGUUGUGUAUUUGCGUUUAAAUAACGCUAAUUAUUAAUACGAUAAAAUUUUUUCGUACUGAUCAAAACAACGAGUGCCUUAAAAAACUUAAGCAAUAUUUAUGUAACCGUCCUUAUUUGUUGAAUAUAUAUGUUGAAUGCGCGGAAACGUUUUAUUUAUCUUGUUGACAGUAUUAAGUUUAUAUUAUUAUGUAUUUUUGUUCUCAUAAUAUAUUUUUUAAAUUAUAGAGUUGCAAAUGACAAUCGUACUUAAGUUCUCGCUACGAGCGUAUUUAUCCACCUAGAGUGGAGCGCCAUACGGCAGCGAGUUAUCAAUCGACCCUCCCCUACUCCUUUACUUUUACAAUAGCACACUUAAAUUUGCUCGUAUAAAAUUUAUUCUUGUGCUUCAUGAAUCAUUUUGUAAUAGUGCAGGUAGCUGUUUAGGUUGGUAAUGAUGUUUUUAUUACGAAUCAACUGUAAAUAAUAAUAUUAGUUAUGAAAAUAAUUAUAAUAAGAUUGAAAAAACAACAACAAAAAACCACCAUCAUGCCACCAAGCAUGGGCUAUACAUGAAGUUGUUGUUAUAUAGGUAGUAUAAAUAAAUAUAUAUAUAUAUACAUUCAUACAUUUAUUAUGUUUAGUUAAAUUUGCUCAACUGUGAAGUUGGAAUAUUAUUUCGAUUAUCUAUAUUAAAGAUGUACUUCUUUUUACGUGUUAAGUUUAAAUUAAUUGUAUGUUGUUCAUAAUGUAUUUCAAAAAUUGAUAAUUAUAAGUGAUAAUGUUAGUAAAAAUGAAAAAAUAAAAAAUAAAAAAAAUGGAGCUUUGAAAAUAUACUUAGUUGAUCAUUAGUUGUUCUUUUUGACAUCGUUUAAAUGAAUUAUUAUACCUAUGUUUUUUUUUUUACUAACUCUAAAAUUUACGUUUUAAUUUUAAACCAUAUAUUAUAUUAAUAAUAUUAAGACUGUUUGUUCUUUAUAUAAAUUAUUAUAUCAAUUGUGUCGUAUAUUAUGUACAUUUAUAUUAUUAGAAGUUGUAAAAUUUUAUGUAAAUGUGUGUGCAAUUCAGCCCUAUAUUUAUCUAAUAAUAUUAAUAAAAACAAGAAGAAAAUAAUCCGACCAUGAUAUGAAACCAUAUUAUAAUUAUUAUUAAUUGUGUAUAAAAAUAUAAUCGUAUAAUGUAUAGGUACAGACGUUGAAAGAAUGUUUCGACAAACCGCGAAUAUAUCGUUUUAGCAAUAUAGUCUAUUAUAUAUUAUUAUAAUAUAUUACUUCGUUUGUGCCGAAAAUAUACCGUAUAUUAUACAUGCCUGGCAUCUAAAUUAUAAUGUAUAUUAUAAAUAUAUAUAUAAAUAAUAAUAUAUACGUUGGAGAAUUAUGUGCCUAUUUUUGUAAUGUUAAACAAAUUUAUAUAAUAUAUAUUACAAAUAAAUGUAUUUUUUUUAUUCUUAA